GAAGGCCCAGUACAGCCGUCUCCUGUAGUCGUUUUUCACUGCCUAUACUUUAUCCCAAUUUAUUACGAGAUGUUUCAAAGGAAGAGACAGAAGGAAGAUGCCAGUGAGCCGAAUCAAAGUGGAUUUAUUGUGGAUGAAGAGGGCCCCUGUGUGGUUUCUAAGAUGGACGUGUUCCUCGGUGCUUCGACUUCCAUGGCAACAAUCUGGAAUUUCUUCAAUCGAGGAAAACGAGGUGAGUCCAGGAUGAACGGCGAUUCAGGCGCAGGGGUGGUGACGGCCCCCCCACCCACGGCCCCCCACAAGGAGCGCUACUUCGACCGGGUGGACGAGAGCAGCCCUGAGUACCAGCGGGAGAGGAACAUGGCCCCAGACCUGAGGCAGGACUUCAACAUGAUGGAGCAGCGCAAGAGGGUCUCCAUGAUCCUGCAGAGUCCGGCGUUCUGCGAUGAGCUGGAGACCAUGAUCCAGGACCAGAUGAAGACGGGCAAGACCCCCACCAGCCUGCUGGCCCUGCAGCAGAUCGCCGACUUCAUGACCACCAGCAUGCCCUCCAUGUACCCCGCGGCCCCCCAGGGAGGCAUGGCCGCGCUUAACAUGAGCCUGGGCAUGGUGACCCCGGUGAACGACCUCCGGGGCUCUGACUCCAUCUCAUAUGACAAGGGCGAGAAGCUGCUGCGCUGCAAGCUGGCCGCCUUCUACCGGCUCACCGACCUGUUCAACUGGUCCCAGCUCAUCUACAACCACCUCACAGUCAGGGUCAACUCGGACCAGGACAACUUUCUGAUUGUCCCCUUUGGGCUUCUGUACAGUGAGGUCACUGCUUCCAGUCUGGUGAAGGUGAACGUGCAGGGGGAGAUCGUGGACCGGGGGAGCACCAACCUGGGCGUCAACCAGGCCGGUUUCACGCUGCACUCGGCCAUCUACUCCUCCAGACCCGACAUCAAGUGCAUCGUGCACAUCCACAGCUCAGCGGGCGCCGCGGUGUCGGCCAUGAAGUGCGGCCUGCUGCCCAUCUCCCCGGAGGCCCUGUCCCUGGGCGAGGUGGCCUACCACGACUACCACGGCAUCCUGGUGGACCAGGACGAGAGCGUCCUCAUCCAGAAGAACCUGGGGCCCACCAGCAAGGUGCUGAUCCUGAGGAACCAUGGCCUGGUGGCCGUAGGGGAGACGGUGGAAGAGGCCUUCUACUACAUCCACAACCUGAUCACGGCCUGUGAGAUCCAGGUGCGGACCCUGGCCAGCGCUGGGGGUCCAGACAAUCUGGUGAUGCUGGACCCGGGGAAGUACAAGCAGCGGCCGCGCGUCCCCGAGACGCCGGGCGACGGGACCUCCACGCACCCCAAGUGGCAGGUCGGGGAGCAGGAGUUUGAGGCCCUCAUGAGGAUGCUGGACAACCUGGGCUACCGGACCGGCUACCCCUACCGCUGCCCCGCCCUGCAGGGCAAGGGCAAAAAGUACAGCGAUGCCACCGAGCUGCCUCCCCACGCCCACUCCCACGCGGGCUCCUACUCCUACGGGGAGGACAGUGACUCAGGCACGCGCUCCCCGCUGAAGCACAGCUUCCAGCGCGGCCAGCGGCCCGCCGGCCCCCCGCUGAGCGAGGAAGGGGCCGACAGCGCCAGCAGCCCCAAGGCGAAGGCUAAGGUGUGGACGAACAUAACACACGAUCACGUCAAACCCUUGCUGCAGUCGCUCUCGUCCGGUGUCUGCGUGCCGAGCUGUAUUACCAACUGCUUGUGGACAAAGGAGGAGGGGCAGCGCCAGGCGGCGGUAGCCAAUCAGUUCAUCCCCAUGAACACCAACCCUAAGGACGUCCUGGAGAUGAGGAACAAGAUUCGAGAGCAGAACCUGCAGGACAUCAAGACCGCCGGGCCCCAGUCCCAGGUCCUGUGUGCCGGCUCGGUGACGGAGCGCACCUUCACCCAGGACGCACGUCGGUCCGACUGUACGGAAACUAUCGAAGGCCUUGAGGGCUCCAGCGGCUCCUAUAGUCCUGCUAAGUCUUUUAGAAAGGGGGAGCUGGUGACGGCCUCCAAAGCCAUCAUCGAGAAGGAGUACCAGCCAAGGGUCGUCAUCAACAAGCAGGGCCCCAACCCCUUCAACCGGCUCACGGACCAGGAGCUGGACGCCUACCGCAAGGAGGUGGAGCUCAAGCAGAAAGGCCCCGAAGACGAAGAGCACCCCGCUGAGGAAGAGGAGGAGGCCAAGCAACCGGACCCCACCUGCACCCCACCCAGCACCCCGGUCCGAGUGGAGGAAGAAGAGUCCCUCCCGGAUCCCACCUCCAAGGACGAGAGCGACGGCGCCACCCUCCGACAGACCCUGCCCGACCUGACCCCGGACGACCCCUCCGACGCCGCCCCCGCACUCCCGGAAGCCGAAGACUCCGCCCCCGCCCCGGUUGCCACGGAAACGGUGGCUGCGCCGGAGGAGGAGGCGGCGACGGAUGCGGUAGUGACGGAUGCGGUAGUGACGGAUGCGGUAGUGACGGAUGCGGCGGCGGCGGAAGGGGAGGAGCCCGGCGAGGAGGACGGCGACGAGUCCCCCAGCAAAUCUCCCUCCAAAAAGAAGAAGAAGUUCCGCACUCCGUCCUUCCUGAAGAAGAACAAAAAGAAGGCAGAGGCCUAGAGGAGGAGAGCGAUAGGUCUGUCAUGAGGGGGGGGAAGUCUGGCUUACAUCUCUUUUAUUUUAUAUAUAUAAAUAUAAUAUUUUUCGUCCUCUGCCAUUUCACCCACUGCGAAAAAAGCCACUCACAAACUUGGAGUCUGUUAUUUUCAACGUUUUGAUAUUAGAUUCAUCAUUGGCUUAUUAACCUGCGCCUCCUUGUUAGAGUGUGCCAAUUUUUUAUACAGCAUUAAGCAACAGGUUGGGCGGCUUUAGAAAUGUUUGGAACUUUUAGCGGCUUCUUGGGUCAGAGUGAUUUAAUCACUAAUUUUGUUUUUGCCUCUGCAUUUUAUUUUUGUGCACGUGUAACUCCACAUGUUCGCACACUGGAUGUGUGUGAACAUGUUGAUUUCAGGCUUUUAUUGUCCUGCCUUUAACAUGUUGCUCUGUUUUUACUCAUAUGAACUGGGAUUGUAACAAAGGACUUUUGAGUCUUCUGAGUAUAAAAAUACAAAAAGAAUAGCCUGAAAGCCUGUUUCCUCUUACUGGUUCCAAAGUGGAAAACUACAACUCCUAAACCCGCUUGAUACAAGAUACAAGCAACAAUGUCGGCCAUCUUGUGUUGAGAAAAUUAUAUGCUUAAUCCAUAGUCAAAAUAAAAUCUGAUUUCUAUCUUCUAUUGCAAUAACCCAUUCAUAACCUAGUUCCCACUGCUCAAUUUUUUUCAAACGAACCUAUGAAGAUGUUUUUCAAAUUGAUAGAGCAGUAUGCUUCGCUGUAGGAGAACUAUAUGAGCUUUAACUUGCGUUGCUAUGCGCUUGAUGCGAAUCUCGAAGGGUGACCGAUAUACAGCUAAUGUCAAGGAUUACAUUUUUGACAGUAUCGCCUUAUGUGCUGUUCAAUAUGAAGGAAUGUGGUAAAAAAAAAACUGGUUUGUUCACUUUUUUCAGUUGCUUUUACCUUUUUAACCGGCUUGCUUUUGACAUGGGUGCUGUCUUCUUCUAAAUACAAUGAAAAGCAGAGUCCAUACACAAAUGUCUCAUGCUGAAUGAAUGGUAUCUCAUAUUUGAUGUUAUUUUCAGCUCUCGUAGACCUGCAUUACGUCUGUGAAAGCACUGUGAACCGGUCUUUCUUUCUAAACCACUUCUCAUGUCUCAGUCACUAUUCGAAUGUUGCAAUCUAUAAGAAUAGGCAAUGUUUGGGGUAUCACUUAGAGAGGGUUUUACGUCCUGAAAGCUGUGCAGACACUUCCCUGUGAAAAAAAAAGAAGUAUUUACUCUGUAAUAUAUAAUCGAUGAUGGGAACACAAUUAGUUUGUUUUGAGCUUGCCAGAUUAACCACUCUGAGACAAGAGAUGAAAUAUCGACAAACUCUGCCCAAGGGAAUCGACGAGUUAUGGCUAUGAAAUGUUGUUUCCUUUUUUUUUUUUCUUUGAACAACAUUAGGUACCAAAUGGGAAAUUGAAGGUUGACAGUGUAGAGGCCUGAUACAUCCUUGCUUUUGUUAUAUAAAAAAAACUACUAUGGUGUAUUUACGAUGUUUCAUGCAGGCAGAGGAAGUCUAGGCCCAUAUAAGGACUGCAUGGCAUUAACCUCCAUAUUGCUGUACUCCCUUACAUGAUUGUAAACUCUCGCGACCCUACACUAUUGUUUUGUACUUUUUGCAUUACUGUGCACAUUAUACAUGAUACUAAACUACUUGUGAUGAAGCUUUUUGUUCUAUCCACUAUUCAAUUUUUCUUUUGAUUCACACACAUUUAUGAUGAAUUGUAUUUACAGUCUGACCCAUUUUCCAUUUUUAUGUGUUAUCCUGCAUCUAUAGACUUGCAAUCAAUGAUUCUUCAUGGUACUGUUGCUUUUUCAUCCUUGAAUAAACACACUACUGUGAAAAUGUA